AUGUCUUAAUAAUAAUCGUAGUAGAUAAGAAAUCAUUUCCUUGAUAAGAAGCUUAUUGGAACAUUGUUUGAAGAGGAGGAAAUAACCAAAAAGGAUAAUUUCUAUAACAUGGAGGCUAGAGACGAAAAGGGACAUAAGAGAUUUCAUGGAGCCUUUGAGGGGGGAUUUGAAGCUGGGUUUAAGAACACUGUUGGUUCCAAAUAAGGAUGGGCCCCAUAGAAGUUUAUAUCCUCGAGAACGAAUAGAGCAAAAUACAAUAAUUAAACAAUAAAGGAUUACAUGGAUGAAGAUGAUAUCGGAAGAUAAAAGCUAGGAGUUAAUGUUACGAUUUAACCAGAAUACGAUACUUUUGGUUAAAAUGAGAUCAACUUUUUACAGCAACAAUUAGGAUCAGGAUCUGGAUGGCUCUUAGGAUCAGCACCAGAGGAAUUGAUUUACAGAGACAAUAAGUCAGUUGGUUAUUAAGUACUUAUGCGAUUAAGGAAAUAAGUGAUCAAAAAGAGAAGCACAAAUGUUGAACAAGAAAAACAAGAAACUUCUUAAGCUCAUAAUUUAAAAUACCUAAAUUCUACCAAUAAUUAAUAUACAGGACUAGGAUACAAAUAAAACAUAGAUACCUUUGGCAAUCCCUCAAAUCCAUUGGAAUAAGCUUUUUGGACAUUCAUUAAGUAAAAUGCUUCCAUUAUAAUUGAUGAAGAUGAAGAAAAGAGAAAGAAGGAUAAUAGGAUUAAAAUGAAUGGAUUUACAUCUUAAGAUAGGGAGGAAGAAUAUAACAACACGAUCGAAGACGAUGAUGAACCCUAUCAAAAUAAAAGGAAAUAAGUCAAGGGAGCUCUGGAUGUUGGGAUGAGAUUUACUAAAGAUAUGAUUCCAUUGAGGAUAGACACUAAAGAUUACCUCAUCAAUGUUCCAGAAGAUUAUGAUCCAUAUCAUAAGGCUAAGAAACUCUUGGAUUAAGGAAAGGAUUAUUCUUUUCUUUUUAUCAAUAAGACAAAUUUUAAAAAGCCUGCCUCUAGUUCAAAGAGAGAAGAAAUAUUUAGAGAGGAAGAAACUGCUAGUUCCAUUAAAAGAGAUAUAAGCAAAUAAAAGUUUGUCAAAGGCUCUAAUCAAACAAUGCUUGUAACUUAGUAGCCUAAUCAAUAGUAGAUGGCUGAGAAUUAAGAUAACAUUAAUAUUUUAAAUUUAUUUCCUCAUCAACCUGAUAAAUAAUAGAGAUAUGCUUAUUUUGUUAGGCAAAAAUUAAAUAAGACAACUGAGGAAUAAUUUUAAGUAGAUGAGGAAGAAAAAGUUGAUUUUGAAAGGCUGUAUUAAAUGUUUUAAGUAACUUCAAAGAAUGUCAUUGAAAAAAAAUAAGAACCAUAAAAACCAACUGAAUAAUAAGAAAAACCCAAUCCUUUUUUGAGUUAAAGGGUUGUUAAGAGGUGGAUUCCUGAAGACUUAUUUUGCAAGAGAAUGGGAGUUCCUUAGCCUUACAAUGAUGAUGAGAAAGCAAUGAUUGAGAAGAUCAAUGAAAGAAGCCAUCAGAAACCAAAUAUGGCAACUAAUAAUAGGAACUUCUUAUUUAUGGAUAAAAAAGAGUUUAAGUCUGGGGGUUUCAUGUAACCAUAAGAAUUUACUUAAUCUACAGCAUAAUUUGAUCCAGUUGCUCUAGGUUUGCCGUUGUCAUUCAAAUCGCACUCAUAUGAAAGAAAUCAAUAAGAACGAUUAUUGUAAUUAGAGAAUAUGGAAAGAGCACAGACUUAAGUGGUAAGUAAAUAGGAGAAAAUAAACAUAAAAUUCUCUGAAGAUAAGGAGGAUAUGCUACCUAGUAGAAUUUAAGAUCAAAAUAUAUUUGAAUUUAUAUUUGGAGAUGAUGAGGAGGAUGAUUAGUAGUGA